GAUUUGAGCCCAAACAAUACAAGAUUGUUCAAGAAUGAAGAUGGGACCUAUGAAUUAAGAUUGGCAUCAUCUCUUACUAAUGAUACUCCUCCUAGUCCAAAUGAUAAAGUAUCAUCAUUACUUGGACUCCAUCAGUUCCCUUCCCCUAGAACCAGCUCUAGUGUCUCCAUUAAGAUAUCAAGAGGAGACUAUGAUACACUAAUGAAGAGGAUGACUGAUGAACUGGAGGCAGCUGCUCAUCACGUUGCUAACAGGAACCAGAAGGAUAUGAUUGAUAGAUAUGUGUCUAGUUUUAGUAGAGGGUCAGUACCUGAUCAUGAAGAUGGAUCUCGUUAUUGGAUUAAAGAUAAAGGACCAGUUGUUGAAACGUAUAUUGGAUUCAUUGAGAGUUAUCGUGAUCCAUUUGGAUUAAGGGGAGAAUAUGAAGGUACAUGUAUGUAGAUGUACAAGAAUGAAUAAACUAUUUGUUAUUGAGUAACAAGAAGCCAGCUGUUUAGUGUGUUGCUAUGGGUAAGAAUAAUGUUUGUUA